AUGGCCGACAUAUUAUUUCUGGAUCAGUCGACACGAUACGUAUAUGGAACAUCACAACAGAAGGAUCUACGCAUCCAAUCCCAAAUCGUUACUGUCGGGUGGGCAAUGAUGGAUGGUUGUUGGGUCCAAAUGGUCAACGACUCUGUUGGAUCCCCGCCUCAGUUUCGUGACGGGCUUGAGCGACCAGGAGUUCGUAUCAUAGGCCGGGUCCAGAGGUUGAGUGUCGAUACAACCCAAUUUGUGCACGGAGAAGAGUGGACGCGAGUGAAGGACGGUGGGACGAUUCCCGAAGAUGUCAUAGGAACAGAUGAUUAG